AUGACGGAGCGAGCCAGCCCUGAAGAAUGGGAGCGGCCUUGGCGCCACGCGGGUACAAUCAGCAGAGCCGCCACUCCUCGACAAGAUGCCAUCCGCCCCAGGACCAUUUCAAACCCAGCUGAAAUCUUCAACAAGAUUCGAUCUCGCGCAGGACUAUCAAGCAAGAAGAAGCGUAACACAAAAAUGGACGUGUCGAGCUUGAUGGUGAAAUCGGUCACAGGCAGAAUGACUCCAGCCGAAGUUAUACAAACUGUGCCUGUACUCUUUUAUGAUCCUCAGGAGUGGUCCAGGGCGGUACAUAGCAGGUUAUCGACGAAUGAGAUGCGGGAGAAGCGAGAAAGCGAGUGGGAGCAGAUUGGAGGCCAAUGGAGAAAGAAACUCACUGCCCCCCCUCGACUCUCUGAUCGACCGCUGAAGAAGCGGGAACCUGAUUACAAGACGUACCUCGGCGAGGCGCUGGUAGGGAUCACAUCCGACGAUUUCACAGCGCAUCAAGUCCUCGCGAUCCUGUUCACCAUGUUGCAGCGUGGGCUCGAGGACUGGUACCUCGACAUGUCCGUCAACGGCCCUUUUUCCCGCUACAGCAGCAGCCGAGGCAAGAUCAUCAAUUCCGACAGCGUGCGAACAUCCUCGGCCAGCGAGGAUUGGAUGGAUUCGCGAAUGGCCAAACGACCUUCAGAUGAGUCAUUACAAGAGGGCCCAGGUCCCACAUAUUGGAGAGGACUGGGGGUUGCUACCACGACGAGGCUUGGAUCUCCUCGUACUUCACGUAGCACGGUGCAUCAGAAACAGGCUACUGAGAUGGAUGCGGAGGUGAGACGGCGGAGUUUCCGUAGCAUCAGCUGGACGAACAAGAACAGGCAAAGCGGGAGCUAUACUUCGUUUUGGUGA